CAUAGUUCCGGGUACUUCGGGAACAUAAAUAGAAAACUAAAAUACGUGACAAUCGUUCAUAUCAUAGUAGUUCAGAGAGAAUUAAUAUUUUGAUAUUGAACAAUUUUUGAAGAUAUUUCUAAAAUCUUCAUCUAAUCAUGCCUAUAUCGAAAACCAUAAAGACCAAUCGUAUUACGGCUAGAGACAAACUUAGCGAUCGAAACGGAUGGCGACAUUCGAUAUAUAGUCCCAGUGCACCUGCAAAAGAUUAUUACAAGGGUCAAUGGAAAGAUGACAAGAAAGAGGGAAAGGGCACAGAAUUUACUAGGUAUAAUUGGUUGUAUGAAGGUGACUGGUUAAAUGGUUUAAAACACGGUUAUGGGACUCUCAGUAGAACUGCGAAGGAUGGUACAACUUUUAAAUCUUAUACGGGUAACUGGUUGCAUGGAAUGAAACAUGGAUUUGGAGGACACUGGUAUCAAAAUGGAGAUUACUAUGAAGGUACAUUCCAGAAAAAUAAAAAACAUGGAUUUGGUCACAUGUCCUAUGGUACUAAAGCAUUUUACCGAGGAAUGUGGAUGGACGAUUAUCCUCAUGGAAAAGGAGUUUUAAAUCAAGCUAAUGGAAAUACCUACGAUGGUCAAUUCUUCAAUGGUAAAAAACAAGGGUAUGGUGUAUUUUAUCAUUUUGACACUGGUCAACUGCAAGAAGGAGUUUGGGAUAAUGAUAUUUGCUUAACAAGUACGAUGAAGGAUAUUUGUUGGCGGCAGUCUGCAAUACAUCCUACUCCUUAUCCCAUUCCAAUAGUCAGUCUAUAUUUUUUUUUAUCAUCUCAUAAGUAAUACAUGAACACAAUUUUUUACGUUUCCCACUUAAUUUUUCAGUUACAACUGCAGAGCUGAAUAUUAUACCACUGACAAUGAAAACGAGCAAGAAGCAUGGUAUACCUUUAUUGGUAAUUAAUAAUUUAAUUUUUAUGACAAAUCAUUCAUUUUGAGACUGAAGGCUGAGUCUAUAUAUUUGGUAUCUGUUCUUUUUGAAAAUGUUUAUAGUAUCAUAUGGGAAUAGAAAAUUUUUAUAUUUAUAUGUAUUCUGUCUCAUGGUAGAAGUGUACUUGUCAUUUUUCUAAACAAAUACGUUUCUGUUUAUUCAACAUAAUCAUAUCUAUAACAUAAUAGAUACUAAUGUCUGUAUAUAAUAUUAAGUAUAGAUGUCACAUAUUAAAAUAUUGCUACGUUUUGCCGCAUUGGCGCUUAUGAAUGGUUUAAAAAUCUCAUUAGUUCAAAAGCUAAUGAACAAAUCGUCGCAACCAGUGAAUAGAAGCGACAUUAAAUUCAGAUAGUCGGUCUACACGUGUCAGAGAUAAUAGCUAACUGAAUCACCAAAUAGAUAUUUCCCAAUUAAGGAUUAGAGCGCAAACAUUGAUUAAUCAGCCUUUCAACUCGAACAGCUGUAGUUCAAAAUGCCAUUCAAAUAGAAAUUUCCAAUGAUUCAGCUGUGAAAUCGUGGACGCAUUUUAUAAUAUAUGUAUAUAUGUAUACAUAUAUAACUAUAGACAAAGAACAAUUCAUAAUAGCAAA